GAGGAGGAUGGAUUGGAUACAGAAUACAGUGUGGAAUCCGAACAAUCACACGUUAAUCCUUUCCCUUCACAGGUCACAAUAAUCCCCUCCGUGAGAGUAAGGCCGGGGUCUACUGGGGGACCAGUGUAACAAUGUUGUCUCCAAGGUGACGUACACAGUGCGGUAUAACGGAACUCAGGGCAUCUCUGGUGUAAGUGUUGACUUUGUACUCAGCAAUGUGUCCAUCACAAGUACCAGCAUACAACAGAAUACCACCGUCCUAUAUAAGUCCAUCACUGCAGCCGUUGGCAGUUCCGUACAGGCUCGGAGUGGGAAUCCGGUUAUCUUGUUGGAUACCCUGUGCUGAGCAACAUUGGAAAUCUGUUGUUACUCCGGUCUCUGGUUGGAGGGUCAUGCUCCUACAGUCCAGUCCAGUUUGGAAUGAAUGCACUGAGUGGCUGUACAAUCAGUGGUACAGCCCAGGAUUCUUGCAGUACUUUCCAGGCUCGAGCAUACCAAAUUCUGCUAGGGGGGAACGCACCUCAAAGUCUGGCCGUAUAUGGCAACAUCACAACUGCACAGAGCGUGUACUGGACCCAAAUCAUCUAUCAGAACUGCAGCAGUCAGGGCACCUGCUCCUCUGGCUGCCUCAUUCCAGUCCUUCUGGACAUGCAGAUCAUGUGGGCACAGGUUGGGCUCAUCUCUAAUCCUCAGGCUCAGCUGCUGGGUGCCCGCUUCCUCUACACAUGUCAGUCUGUCAAGUGUCAGGACGCGACAGUUCUGCAGACUCAAGUCUCCUUCACGGAUCUCACCAGACGCGGUCCCGCCCCUCGAUCCGGCCCUGGUAUUACUGAUAGGGAUCCAGUGGAUUUCUUCUUCCCGUUUCAGAUGAACACAGCUGUGACAAAUGCCAGGUCUCUCCUCCUGUAUUUUGCAGUAUAUUGCUGGCAGAUAAUACAGUUGCUGAGAAGUGUAUGA